AUGCGCGAUAGGAGCGAUAGCGAUUCCGAGAGGGACGAAGAUUUCAGGAGGAGGCGCGGCCGUAAAGAGCGGAACGACAGCCCCGCUUCUAUCGAUGGUGACUCUAGCGGGAGUGACGAGGACGCGCGGGAUGUAGGCCGCGGAAAGGGGAAAGCGCGGAACGCGCGGGGCGCUGGGGGAGAUGGGCGGGCGGAUGAGCGGAAGGGCCGCGGAGGUCCCAAGAGUCCGCCAGAGGACGACGGUGUGGGGAAGCAGGGAAGGGGAGGCGGAGAUUGGGGGCCGGGAGCUGCGCGCCGCAGGGGGAGGCAUGAUUCGGACUAUGAGAGCGACGAGGAGAGGGGCGGUAGCGAUGGCGCAAGAGGGGGCGGAAGGGGCAGCGGAAGGGGCGGAAAGUUGAAGACUCGGGAGGAUUUUGAGGGGGAAGAGGAGGAGCGUGCGGAAGCGAAGAAGAGUGAAGGGGCACGUAGGGGCGAGAGGGAGCGUGAGGUGGACGAGGAGGAGGAGGGGGGUGAGCGGUGGGAGAUGGGCGGGGGUAGGGAGGGGGCGCGGGUUGGGCGGAAGGAGGAGCGCUGGGGGGAGGGGAGGCACGGGGGUCGCGCGGCAAGUGGGGAGCGGGAGGAGCGCGAUAUGGGCGAGGGGAGACUGGGGAGAGGUAAGAUGAGGGCGAGGGAUGGCCUUGGGGAAGAAAUGCGAGAUCGCGAUGGAGAGAGGGGCAGGGAGAGCCACAGGGGAAGGGAGGGCGAGAGGGGACGAGACGUGGAUGGGAGGCGACGGGAGAGGGAGGGGGAUGGCGGCAGGGAUGGGCGAAGGGAUGGCGAGAGGGAGAGGGAGAGGGAUAGAGAGCGAGACGGCAGGAGGGAGAGAGGCAGAGAGGGAGAGGGGGAGGGGAGGGAGGAUAGGCACAGGAGGCAUGAGGAAGGGAGGCGAGAGGAGGGGCGGCGAGAGAGGGGGAGGGGCGAGUGGGAGGGGGAGGAGAGGCGAAGCGAAGGCAGGGAGGGCCGGGGGGCUCUCGUGCGCGCACCCAAUGCUGAUGCUGCCGCCACUCCUGCCCCCGCCGCUGCUGCCGCUGCUGGCGGAGCAGCAGGCCCAGGCGCAGGUCCGGCUGCAGGCAAGGCAGCAGCAGCGCGGGACACAGGGCGCACGGGAGGCGCGUACAUCCCGCCGUUCAAGCUGGCGCGCAUGCUGCAGGAGGUGAACGACCGCAGCAGCGCGGAGUACCAGCGCCUCACGUGGGACGCGCUACGCAAGUCCAUCAACGGGCUGGUCAACAAAGUCAACGCCAGCAAUAUCAAGAACAUCAUCCCCGAGCUCUUUGGGGAGAACCUAGUGCGCAGCAUGGGGCUGCUGUGCCGCGCGUGCAUCAAGUCGCAGAUGGCCAGCCCCACGUUCACGCACGUGUUUGCGGCGCUGGUUGCGGUGGUGAACACAAAGUUUCCCGAGCUGGGGGAGCUGCUGCUGAAGAGGAUCAUUCUGCAGUUUCGAAGGGCGUUUCGGCGCAACGAUAAGAUGGCCAGUCUGAUUUUCACGCACGUGUUUGCGGCGCUAGUGGUGGCGGUGGUGAAUACCAAGUUUCCCGAGUUAGGGGAGCUGCUGCUGAAGAGGAUCAUUCUGCAGUUUCGCAGGGCGUUCAGACGCAACGACCAGGUGAGAGGGGAAGGAACAAACUGGUCUCGGUUUUCUGUUGACCGGAUUUCUGUUGGUCGGGACUUUGUUGGCUGGGAACCUGUUGUUUGCGGCGCUGGUGGCGGUGGUGAAUACCAAUUUCGCGGAGCUGGGAGAGCUGCUGCUGAAGAGGAUCAUCAGGCGGGCGUUCCGGCGCAACGACAAGGUGAGAGGUGA